AUGUUGGCAAAUCCUCGUCAGUCUGUUUUGCUUCAUCGGGCCAUGGAAAAUAUCCGUAAGCGUGGACUUGUUUCCCUUUUGAACUCAGGCCUUGCUAGCAAUUCUUCACCACUCGAACAUGCCGGUAGCUCAUCUGAGGAGGCUGAUGCCAAUGCGAUUUUUGGUGACGAGGAAGUGGAGGAAGAGCAAGAUGAAGAAGAAGCAGAACAACCCGAUCGUUCUUAUACUUCGGAGGCAUCAGAUGACGCUCGCUGGCUGUUGUGUAUGGACACAGUGGCUAUGAGCGGCAAGUUGUUGGCACUCUGGUUAGUCACAUCAAAACCUCACAUAUCGGCAUUAUCAUAUUGCACUAGCCAGACAUUUUCCUUGACGGCAAUGCAUUUAGAACAGUGUAUUAUAACUAAUACUUGUUGA